CAUUUUAAUUAUUACUAAAUUAAAAUUUAUUUAAUUUGGACGCUUCAACGUGAGCACGCGUGCAUCUAACGUCGAAUGACAACUUACUAGCAACUUCGUAGUUGUCUCAUGGUCGCGUAUCCGACUGCGUGUGUAUUGGUGUAUUGUAUGGCUGGCAUUGGCGCUCCGCUGCUGCUGCGCCUUCGUUUCCAUUCAUAUUCUAUUAACUAAUAAACAAAUAACCUUCGGGGCGUCGAAAACAGCCCAGUGCUCCCCUCCCCCCGUGCGCACCUGGUCGAGUUGCCUAAAACGUAAUUCAAACUAAAUCAGCUGCGACUGACGUUGGCCAAGAAAGUGCGUCUAAGUUUUUGUUACGUUUCGCUGGGCUGUUUCCGUAUUGUAUGUGCUAGACGCAAAAGCAAAAAAGAGCAAAGCAACAAAAGGCAAAUAGCAAAGUGUUUGCCAGUGUUUGCGCGUGAGCGUGUGCGUGUGUCUGUCUGCCUGUGAGUGAGUGUGUGUAUAGUGGAGUGACGACAAAUGGCGGACGUGAGCGAUCCAAGUGAACUGUUCGAUCUCGAGUUGCACGAGGAUGACAAGGAGCAUGACUCAGACGACGACAGGAUCGAAUUAGAUGAUGUUGAUCUAGAACCGGAAUUGAGCAUAAAUCUACAUCAAGACAAUGAAGGCCAGGAGACCAUACAGCUUUCCGAGGAAAAUGUCAAUCCGGGCAAAAUCAAGCUCGGACCCACAGACUUUGAGCUGAAGAAAGUGCUCGGCAAAGGUGGCUACGGCAAAGUUUUUCAGGUGCGCAAGACGGCUGGACGUGAUGCCAAUAAAUAUUUUGCCAUGAAGGUGCUUAAGAAGGCAUCGAUAGUGACCAACCAAAAGGACACGGCGCACACACGCGCCGAGCGUAACAUACUCGAGGCAGUCAAGCAUCCGUUUAUUGUGGAGCUGGUGUAUGCCUUUCAAACAGACGGUAAAUUAUAUUUAAUACUUGAAUAUCUAAGCGGCGGCGAGCUGUUUAUGCAUUUGGAGCGUGAGGGCAUCUUUCUAGAGGAUACCACCUGCUUUUACCUGAGCGAAAUUAUCUUGGCUCUGGGACAUUUACACACACUGGGCAUCAUCUAUCGCGAUCUGAAGCCCGAGAAUAUUUUGCUCGACGCACAGGGACAUGUGAAGCUUACCGACUUCGGUCUGUGCAAGGAACACAUACAAGAGGGUAUUGUCACCCACACCUUCUGUGGCACAAUUGAGUACAUGGCACCUGAAAUUUUAACCAGAAGUGGCCAUGGCAAAGCCGUCGAUUGGUGGUCACUGGGCGCACUCAUGUUUGACAUGCUGACAGGCGUGCCACCAUUUACAGCGGAGAAUCGCAAAAAAACUAUUGAAACCAUACUGAAAGCCAAGCUUAAUCUGCCAGCCUACCUCACACCAGAAGCCAGAGAUUUAGUGCGUCGCCUGAUGAAGCGACAAGAGCCACAGCGUCUGGGUAGCGGCAAAGAGGAUGCGGCGGCUGUGCAGGCACAUCCAUUCUUUAAGCAUGUCAACUGGGAAGAUGUGGUGGCCAGACGUUUAGAGCCACCCAUUAAGCCGCUGCUGCGAAGUGAAGAUGAUGUAUCCCAAUUUGAUACGAGGUUCACAAGACAAAUUCCCGUGGAUUCACCAGAUGAAACAACGCUCAGCGAAAGUGCCAAUUCUAUUUUCCAAGGUUUCACCUAUGUAGCGCCCUCGAUACUGGAGGAUAUGCAUCGAGCCAAUCGCAUGCCAGCGCGCUCGCCACGACGCACACCUCGACCGCAUCAUCAUCUGGACAACAGCUUUCGGCUGCAGUUCCCGUCCGCCAAUGCCAACGUCGGAGGCAAUGUACCCAUGGGCAUGCAGCGCUCCACAUUGUUCGCUCGGGCCACGCCCUCGCAUCAGCAUCAGCAUACGCAUCCCCUACAUAUGCAAACGUUCGCUCCACGCCCCUCGCCAGCGCAGGACGAAAUGAUGGACGUGCAGCAGGGUCUGCCCAUGGUCUAAGGUUACUACGCGAAACUUGUUUUUGUUAUUACGCGACGGUGAAGAACUUGAAGUUGAAUUGAAUUGAAACGAUUGAGAGGAAG